CGUCAUGUGACGCAGCGUCGGUUUGCCACGUCGGUCUGCAACUGCAGCGCGAGGAACUUCUGCAACUUUGUGUUUUGCAUUUUAAGGCCGUUAAUAACGAGCAGCGCGCGACUGCAACAACACGCGAAACACAAUCUCCACACGGUCUCAUCAGAAACUCCUCACUGUAUCAUUAUUUCAGAGAGAGAGAAACAAAUGUGGUUGUUACAGAGUUUAGGUGACUGAUGUCUGCGCUCAUGAUUGGUGUGCGGUCAAUAAUGCUGUAUCUGAGUUGUUCUCUGGUGAUCUGAACAGACGGCUUGUGUUUCUCCUGCAGUGGCCGGGCUGCAUUGGGCCGAGACGUGAGGACGGUGUCGCAGGGAGCCGCUGGUGGACAUGCCCGGGGGCCGCAGGGGUCCCAGUAGACAGCAGCUGAGCCGCUGCGCUCUGCCCUCGCUGCAGACUCUGGUGGGCGGCGGCCUCAGCAAUGGGGCGGGGCUCAGGUGCAGGAACAGCAGUGCAGUGGGUCUAUCAGCUCCGCCCCUCACGGCCCUCAUCACUCCAGAACCCGUCCGGCAUUCCCGCAUUCCCGAUCUUCCUCUGGACAGUAACCUGCUGUUUGAGUCACUGCUCUUCCUCUACCUGCUGGUGGCGCUCUUCGUUCAGUACAUCAACAUUUACAGGACGGUGUGGUGGUCUUCAUACAACCAGCCAACAGCCUCCACCUCAAUGAACUACCAUCUGAUGGACUAUCACCUGGCUGUCUUCAUCACCGUGAUGUUGGCCAGAAGACUGGUGUGGACCAUCAUCUCUGAGGCGUCUCAGGCGUGUCCGUCGUCUCUGCUGCGGUACGUGGCUCUGAUUGUGGCCCGUUUGAUCCUGCUGACGCUGUGCGGCUGGAUCCUGUGCUGGACGCUCGUCAACCUCUUCCAGCGAUACUCCGUACUCAACCUGCUGUUCCUGGGUUAUCCGUUCGGAGUUUAUGUGCCGCUGUGCUGCUUCCAUCAGGAGGGUCGAGCCCAAUCCGUCCCACCCGACUGCAGCUUCUCCGAGCAGGACGGGUCCGACGGGCCUCUGCCGCGGCCCAAAGACUUCCUCACGCUACUGCGUGAAAACCUGCGUGAGCAGUUCUCUAGCCCCGCCCACAGCCCCGCCCACACCUGCCCGCCGUCCCCGGAGCUGAUCCGCAGCGAAGUCCAGGAGCUCAAGACCGACUUCAACCGGCGCAUUAAAGAAGUGCUCUUCAACUCGCUCUUCAGUGCUUAUUACGUGGCCUUGCCGCUGUGGUUCGUCAAGAGUACGCAGUACUACGACAUGCGCUGGUCGUGCGAGCAUCUGAUCAUGGUGUGGAUCAACGCGUUCGUGAUGCUGAUGAGUCAGCUGCUGCCGCCCAGUUACUGCGACCUGCUGCACCGCUCCGCCGCACAUCUGGGCCGCUGGCAGCGUCUGGAGCACGGCUCCUACAGCAACGCCCCGCAGCACAUCUGGUCUGACAGCACCAUCUGGCCGCAGGGAGUUCUGGUUCGACACAGCCGCUGCCUCUAUAAGGCCGUCGGGCCGUAUAACGUGGCCUUGCCCUCUGACGUCUCGCACGCCAGGUUUUAUUUUCUGUUCCAUAAGCCACUGCGGAUCCUGAACCUGCUCAUCGGGAUCGAGUCGAGCGUGGUCCUGUAUCAGCUGUACUCGCUGCUGCGCUCCGAGCGCUGGAACCACACGCUGUCGCUCGGCCUCAUCCUCUUCUGCAACUAUUACGUGCUGUUCAAGCUGCUGCGGGACCGGAUCGUGCUGGGCAAGGCGUACUCGUACCCGCCGGGCGCCAGCCUGGCCGUGAAGAUGCAGUGAUGAGACUGAACUCCUCUUGCUUUUGAUACCGUCUAUUUUCAUGCAACCUUUGUAUCUAUUUAAUAAGAUAUUUUAUUUUGUAUACUGUUACACACAACCAGAACACAGGGCAUUACGUUUACGGCACAAUGUCGUAUCCUCUCUCCCCACGAGCUGCGCAGGAGGGAGACGUCUAUGUUUUGUAGCCCGCGUCUCACAUGACGUCCAAAUUCAGCCAAAGAUUGAAAACUAAAAAAACUGGAAGAGCUAAUGCUGGCCAAUCACAAGGAAGGACUGGACGGGGCGGCCCGGUUCACUGAGUGCUGACGAUCAUUUCCACUGUUAAGUAUUACCUGUUGUGUGUCCAUUUUGUUUCAGUCAAUCUUUGUAGAUAAACAGCACCGACAGGACUGAUUUUAAAGCUUGAGCAAUCAGCAUCCUCAUUUCCUUCUCAUGUUAACUCUGUGCCAAAUCCCAGGGGGCCGCGGGCCAUUCGCAGUGGGCGUGGCCACGUGAGCUCUGGGCGGAGCCCUAGACUGUCAAGCUUGCAGUAUUUUACAAAACCGCUUUUGUUUCAAAGUGCCGAUGACAUCCAGAAUAAAUGACAAAAACAGCCUGAGUGCCUGUUUAUCUCAGAUCUGAUCAGUAUCAUCACGAAACUCAAGACAUGUCUGGGUCAUAUUUCACCCCCAAGAUCAAAAUAAGAAAUGAUCAAGAAAAUGAAACCUAUUUUUAGCACCUUGAAGAUUUUCUUGACGACAUGAGGGUAUGUUUGGGUUUGUUAUUUGAUUGGGAAAUUAGCUUAAUUUGAAAGUGUGAAAAGCCUUAAUCAUGGAAACAGAGCCUGUUUUUUUCAGGUGAAAUAUACAAGUGUUGUGCCUUUUUAUGUCUAAUCUGAGCAGUUUCUCAUACAUGAGUGGUGCUAUUUUUUGCAAAAGCUUUUAAUGUUUUGUAACAGAGGGCAUUUAAAAUCUCAAUGAUUAGUGCCAUAGAAUGAAUAAAUGUCAAAGUGCCGAUCAGGAGCUGAUAUCCACUGAUUUACAGUGAGUGUGGAUAUCUGCAGUUCUGUCUCUCACCACUAGAGGGAAACAAACGGUUGUAAAGCAGUGUCUCAUACAGUAGUUCUCAGACAUUAGGUAUGCAUUCAGACUUCAGUACAUUAGAGAAAACGAGAAGAGUCGACAGAAUCUGUGGCAGCUGCUUCAGUCCUUCAGUCUCCUGAGCUCUGAUAAUUCCUGUAAUGGUCACACUAUAUAUCAGCUGUCUUUAACUGUACUUUCAUAAAAGAUAAUUGUUAGGUUCAAUGUGCUUACUGUGUUGAUGUUGUAUUGCAAACACUUGUGCUGCUAUCAAGGUGGGAUACGGGUGAGGUUAGGACAGGUUUGGUGGUAUGGGAAGGUUUAAGGGUGGGAUAAAUGAAUAUGCAGAAGUACAAUGUAAAACAUACACAAUAAUUGUAUCAAAUGAUUAGUGCAUGUACAUAGUAGUUAAAGACACUUGAUAUAAAGUUGGUCCCUUUUGUCUUUAAGAGCCUUCAGAUAAAAAUCAGGCACUCAUAAAACAUUACUUUGCUAUGUUUAAAUGGGCAUCAAUGAAGAAAGAUUUUUUUGGCACAACCUUCCUUACUUUUGUACAAUAUGUAUUGUUUGGCUAAACAAGUGUCUUAAAGUGUUUUAAGCCAAAGAGUUCGUUAGUUAAUGAUUGUUCUUGUGUAUUGCUGGACUGUGCAACUCUCCUGCAUGAAAUAAGAGUAUCUUAUGUGCUAAUAAAGUGAAAGCAAAGCUG